CACCACAAGAGGGUGUCCUGAUUGAGGAGGGGAGGAGAGCUGGUCUUGCGGUAGCCAGCAGGACUGGUCCCCUUAGCUAAGCAGGGUCCGCCCUGGUUGCAUAUGCAUGGGAGACUAGAAGUCUGAGCACUGGAAGAGAUUCUGAACAGGCGAUAGAGCUGCUCUGGGAAGCACAUCUACAGGUUCCAAUUUCCCUCCCCGGCAGCAUCUCCAAGAGAGGGUUAGGGUUAGGGUUCCUGCUAGAGUUUCCUAGCUGGUUGAUGUGCAAGCAUUAAACAGGUAAAGCAUUUCCUGCUGCUUUAUCCUCAUGCCAGGGAAACGCAUGAAGCUAUCUUCAUGCCAGAGGUGCACCUAGGUAAUGUUGGAGCCAGGGAAAGCUUCCCCAGAUAGGUGCUGUAUGUCAGGGUUAGGGUAAGGGUAUGUCAAGAGCUGGCAAUCCUGCCCAGUGCAGCAACCAGGAAAGACACACUGAGAAGCUUCCAGAGAAUUGCACCAUCUUGGGGCCCUAAUUUUGCUGGAGUUCUGCGAAGGAACUGAAAGGCCACAGAGCUCUUGUACAAAUGGCAAGGGACCUAAUUCUGCAUGGCCUUUGUAGAGCCAGCCGGUAAUGCCAUGGACAGAGCUGAGCCCCUAACAAUGGUGGAUGAUCAGUUAAAGCCCGUGUUUCUCCUGCACUUUGAAGAGGACGGGACCCUCUCCUUUGAAGACCUAGAAUCUGACAGUUGGAGAAUAUCAGGGAAAUGUGAAGAGGCACAAAUCUUCCGAUACAUGGAGAAUCAUAUCCUUGUGGCAAGACCACAGAAUCAGGAAAAUGACAAGGCAAUAUUUCAGUCUAUAACAAAGUCAGAAAUGGGAGCAGCAUCUGGAAUCAGGUUCACCAUCCACAACUACCAAGACACUGUACCCAGAGCGUUGCCAGUGGCCUUCAGCACUGAGUGGAGAGACAAGACUUACCACAUGUAUGUCGAGAAAGCAGGAGAAAAUAUGAGAGUGGCAUUUAGGGAAGGCAACGUUCCAAGAAGCAUCCCAGGAGAAAGAAGUGAUGUCAUCUUCAUCAAAAGACAUUUUUCCAGAGGCAGCAACCAUCACUUCACAUUUGAGUCCACCCUAGAGGAAAACUACUUCCUUGCCUUUGAGAAAGAUAACACCACCCCCUUUAGCCGGCUGAUUGUGAAGAGAAUCGACCCCAACACUGACAUGGUGUGUGAAAGUGCGAAGUUCUCUCACUCCUCCAAGUAGCACUUGCAGCUGGAGAUUUGAAACUAUUUAUUCUGCUUCCAUCAGGAUCCAGCUGCCCCCAUUCAUGUGAUGGUCUGUGGGCGGGGGUGUGGGGUGGAAAUACAAGUCCCGUUGCAUCCAAAUUAAAAUCAGUACAAAACUGAGAA